AAUCAGGAAAAGUAUGUUUGGUUCGAAGCGUAAAUAAAAACAUAAAUUUUGUUGAGUAGUGGUACCUGAGAUCCGAGCAAGCUUUACUUAAACUUCAAGAUUUAUUCUAGUCAUAUUCCGAUUUGCACAAAAAAGUUUGUGUAAAACUUUAAACAAAAAAGGAUCUCAGAAAGUUCGUACUAAAAUGUCGUCACAUGGUCAAAGACCGGAUGGUCAAUCUCAACGUCCUAGUCCGCCUCCAAGGUUGGCACGUGGAGUGUGGCAGCCGCCUACUACCAGGGACACGGCAUUUUCCGAGAAACCAGCCACGAGCCGUGGUCAGGCUCCCACACGUGCCCAGCUGUCCAAUCGGACACCCGAUGCAGAUCCUGCUCCAGCUCAGAAGUCAGCUUCUAGACAAGCUGGGGAGACGCCAAAAGAGGAAAGACGCGGCUUAUUCGGACGAAAGAAGAGGACACUGGGUGCGAGCCCGAAAAGUGCUACAGCUCCGCAUGGAUUAGGACGCGACGCCCAAAUUUCCCAAAACCAAAAAGGGAAGACUACGCGCAUUCUCUAUACCACAGAUGAGGAAGUACGCGAUGCUCUACUAGAGUUUGGGGUGUUCAUUAUCUUUCUUGUCCUUACAUCGUUGGUAACUCUGUCUGUUCGUCACCCUCACAUGUUCUACUUUAACGAUACAAUAAAGAAACUGUUUACCACCCGCGAAAUGGUUGUGGCUCCAUCAGUGACAGUCUCUUUUGAGAAGAUUCUCACAGUCCCCGAUUGGUGGGACUAUUUGGUAUACAACUUUAUAAAAACAUUGCACGGAGAUAUGACUCAAACUAAUCCAGAUAAUAACAUGGAGCCAAAUGAAACUAAAACCAGUAGAAACAACGCUGAAUCGUUGAGACGGGCCAGCGAGGCUCACUGGAAUGUGGAGGAUGGAUAUGUAGACCGCGAUGAUGAUGAUCAAUCCCACAAACAGAACCAGGAUUUCGAACCACGGCUGCAUGAUGUCGUGUUUGAAGAUAUCGGUGGGGUCGCCAAGCCUGAAAACCUCGACCUUAGCGAACAAGCUGUCGACACCAAAAGGGGUCCGGGUGGUUCGGGUGGCUCUUCCAGUGGUGGAGGAUGGGGUGGAAACAGCUCCCAAAAGGUCUCCCAUCUUCAGGGUCGUGUAUUUCUGCUGGAGAACCUUUUGCUCGGUCCCCCGCGCCUUCGGCAGAUUCGAGUUCGAAAGGAGAGUUGCCAUGUGAACGAAGACUUCGUGCGACACUUUAACACCUGCUACGCCGCCUAUUCAGCGGGAAUCGAGGAGAAAACCGGGUUGCACAAAGGUACACAAUACCAUACGAUGGGCGAACUGGACGCCACUCCGAUUUGGACAGUGCUGGCAUUCUAUCGUACUGGUGGGUACAUUGCUGAUCUUACCUAUGAUAAGGAUGACAGUCUAAAAAAGAUAAAUAAACUGAGCGACGAUAAUUGGCUGGAUCGCGGCUCAAGGCUGUGUUUGGUGGAGUUUAAUCUGUACAACGAGAAUACGGACAUCUUUCAGAGCGUCAAACUUUUAGCCGAAAUCCCCCCCACGGGAGGUGUGAUACCACAGACGCAUAUGCAAACUGUUAAGCAGUAUUCUUUCUUCACCGAUCGCAGUCUGACUAUGACUGUGGUGUAUAUAUUUUGGUAUAUCAUGGUCGCUUACUAUACUAUCUAUGAGAUUAAUGGAUUACGCAAGUCGGGGUGUAAAAUUUACUACAAAUCGUUGCUAAAUGUUCUUGACAGUAUUGUAUUAGUGCUUUGCUACCUGGCCUUGGUCUACAACGUCUGGCAUACCUUCCAAGUUCAAUCCCUUACAUCCAAGGCCGAGAUGGAAGAAGGUUAUCAAAGUAUCGAUGUUCUUUGCUUCGUGAACAUCAUCUAUGUGGAUAUGAUGGCCAUUUUAGCGUUUCUUGUAUGGAUAAAAAUAUUCAAGUUUAUCAGUUUCAACAAAACUCUUGUUCAGUUUACAACUACAUUACGAAGGUGCUCCAAAGAUUUGGCUGGCUUCAGUCUUAUGUUUGGCAUUGUUUUCUUGGCCUACGCUCAACUGGGUCUCCUUCUUUUCGGAACCAAGCAUCCAGAUUUUCAUAACUUCCUCACUUCAGUCUUGACCAUGAUCCGCAUGAUCUUGGGCGACUUUCAGUAUAAUCUCAUUGAGCAGGCAAAUCGAGUGCUGGGUCCCAUUUACUUCCUUACCUAUAUUCUACUUGUAUUCUUUAUAUUGCUGAACAUGUUCCUGGCCAUAAUCAUGGAAACUUAUAACUCGGUAAAGAGUGAAAUUACCCAAGGGCGCAGUCAAUUGGGCUCAUAUAUCUAUAAGAAGCUGGCUGGGGCUCUUUACUGGAUCAUCCACUGUGGCCGAAAGCGACGUGUUCAGCCUGCCCGCCUCACUGCUGCUGCCAAUGAGGCUGAUCUGGAUGGCACGAACGUAGAAUUCGAAGAGCCUAAAGUUCUAACAAACAUUACCCAAGCAGACGCACGGUACUUUGAAGAGAUACCCCCCGAUGUCCAAAACAAGGAGCUAUUUCAUUUGACGAAUCGCGUAACACUGAUUGAAGAAAUUAUAGAACAGCUGGUUACAAAUAUGGAUGAUGUACUAAAACGCAUCGAGAGAGAGCAAGGCUCAAGAAAAAACUAAACUCGAUAUAUACAGUCAUGUAUCUCAGCUAAUGUUGGAUAUUUGAGCAGAAGCCAUCAAACAGUAAUUAUAUGGACUCCAAUUUCCUGAGAAAUUAGCUUGAAGUAUUCAGCUAAUAAAUUACUUAAAAAAGCUGUUACGACAAUCUUGCGAUAUUAUCAAUUAAACAACGUAACCAAAUCUGAAGGAUACCAACACAUUUUUUACUGUGAGC